AACCAUGUCUGUUAUUUUCCUGAUAAUCAUAAUAACCAAAUAAUAUACAAACUUAAUGUUUAGUUAACAAUGUCAGCCUAAUCUAAAUCGUUUGGAGCUGCAGUCUACCUUUCAAGAGGAUAUCGAUUAGAGAAUGUUCUGCAUAAUUUCAGAAUACUUUAACAACAAAGUAUUUUAGUCAGAACCUGUCUAAAUUGUACGAGGUAUGAUUGAUUGAAGGAAGGAAGAAUACAAAAUUACAGGACAUUGCAGCGCUGCUGAACUCUGACGUCCUCUGACGUCAUCUGGCACAUCACUGCUCUUCUCUCUGGCAUCGCCUCGACCCUUUUUCAGAAACCGCUUCUCCUCUAGCGUCAUCAGGGACAUCUGACCAGUAGUAGUUGCUCUACCACUCUCUCCCGCCCUUCCUGACGAUACCCGGAAACGGGGGAAAGGGGGGGAGGCGAGAAGAUGGCGUCGUUGCGCUUCAGGCGGGAUCCCUGCGGCUUCAUCUGCCUCCUUCUCACCUACUUCAGCGUGUUUUACGCCGACUACGUGGUGAUCCAGUACGUGCUGAUCCCGGCCUACUCUGAGAGUGUGUGGUGUAGUCUACACGGAGUGGUGUUUAAUCUCAUCCUACUGCUACUACUCGCCUGUCACGCCAAGGCGGUGUUCUCUGACCCGGGCAUGGUACCCCUACCAGAAACUGCUAUUGAUUUUUCCGAUCUUCGCUCUCAAUCCAGGAUGAAUGAAAGGGUAGUGUGUCCCAAGGGGUGUGAAGGCUGGACAGUGUGCAGCAGGUGUGAGACCUACAGACCCCCUCGGGCGCACCACUGCAGGGUCUGCCAGCGCUGCAUCAGACGCAUGGACCACCACUGUCCCUGGAUUAAUAAUUGUGUGGGGGAGCUGAACCAGAAGUACUUCAUCCAGUUUCUUUUCUACACCGGCCUGGCCAGUCUGUACUCGAUGGUGCUGGUGGUGUCGGCCUGGGUGUGGAGGAUCCGCAGCGAGAGAGAAGGAGCUGCAGAAGGGGACGGAGAGGAGGAGGAAGCCCCCAGCAAACACCUCAUAGUGGCUCACUACAUUAUUCUGCUUGUUGAGUCGGUGCUCUUUGGCGUGUUUGUUAUGGUCAUCUUCUACGAUCAGCUGGUGUCCAUCAUAACAGACGAGACCCCUCUGGAGCAGAUGAAGAACAGACUGAUGAAGGACAGACCAUCCUCAUCCUCACAGCACCAGCCACACACUCACACUCACGCGCACACGCACACACGCAAGCCCAGGAUCCCCCUGCUCCGAGAGGUCUUCGGAAGAGGCUCCAUGCUCCUCUGGCUCCUCCCCCUCCACUCCACCCCCCCUUCGGCCGGAGGGAUAAGCUACUCCGCCCUGCCCGACUAUGACGUCUGACCUCUGACCUCGGGGAGAGAGACUGUAUGGGUGAUGGAGAGAGGCGGCCCAGGUAGUCUUGAGUGAGGGGAGUACGAGAGGAGAUUUAUUCUCCCAGACCAGCUUGACCUUUAACCUUAAAGGAGCGUCCGAAAAAGGGGAGAGAGAGUGACGGCGAGAUUGUGUGUGUGUGUGUGUGAGUGAGUUUAAUGAAGUGUAAUACAUUUUUGAAUACCAGGAUUUUUACCACAAUUACACUUGGGAGGGCAGACCAAUCAAUUACUGUUUGGGGAAGGGGUCCCAACAAUGUGGCCCUCGGUCGACCCCCCAUCGCCCCCCGCCCACAGGUUGAGGGCCGCUAUGGUCCUUUACCAAAAGUCUUAAUGAGUUAGAUGGUAUCUCACUGAAAUCAUACCCAAUGUAUUAUUUAUUGGUUCACAUUCAUGGAUGGUUCUUUAAUAUUUUUUUACGUAAUUAUUUAUUUACUUAAGUUACCUCUAUGUUAUUUAUUCAUUUUAAUGUACCCCUAAUCAAUGAAACUAUCUUUUUACAAAGAGAUAAACAAUAUUUAUUUAUGUAUUAUAAUUUGUAAAUAUUACUUUAUUUUAAAUGCAUAUCAAGAUGAGGGGAACUUUCAGUCGAAGAACAAAGUAUAGCAAAUGAAUGAUGGGUGUUGGUAUUUACAUAAUCAGACCGGAUCUUAUGCAUUUUUACCAGCAGAAAAAGAAGGGAGUAGAACUGAACAACUGAAUUCAAGCAUAACAUAUUUAAUGUCAUAAAUGUCCACUUGUGACAAUUCAAACUGUUUACCUGACUAACCAAAUAAUCAUCAUGUCACUCGUCACGUCGUUCGUUAAAUAAUUUGUUACAUCAUUUGUUACAUCGCUAGUUCAGAUAUUUGUGACAACAUCAUGGGAUCAGGCAGGUAGUAAUAGUUAAUCUCCCUCCAGUAUGCCAGUGUUAAUGAGAUAAUUCCUGCUUUCUGCAGAUGCAUCAUACAGUGUUCCACAAUAUAUCACCAAACUAUAACCAAAAUCCCAGAUUAAAUUCAACUAUAGACAUUUCUAAUUCCUAUUAUGCAGAGGAUAUUGGUUCUUGUCCCGUGGUUCUAUCUGUUCUGUUAUAAUGAUUAGUUUCUAUGGUAUGAAGGGAGUUGACCAUGUUCUUUAAUAUGCAUGGGAGGGAGUUGACUAUUGCUUACUAUGGAUGAGAGAUUAUCAACUUUGUGGUUAUCUAUGGUAUGGGAGGGAUUUAACUGUUUACUAUGGUAACAGAGAGAGUUGGCUGUUGUUUCCUAUGGUAUGGGAGGGAGUUGACUGUUUACUAGGUUAACAGAGAGGGUUGGCUGUUGUUUACUGUGGUAUGGGAGGGAGUUGACUGUUUACUAGGUUAUCAGAGAGAGCUGGCUGUUGUUUACGGUGGUAUGGGAGGGAGUUGACUGUUUACUAGGUUAUCAGAGAGCACUGGCUGUUGUUUACUAUGUUAUGGGAGGGAGUCGGCAGUUGUUUACUACAGUUUGGGUAGAACUUUCCCCGUCAAAAGGUGCUCGGUUUCUAUCCCUCAUGUCCUCAGCCUACUUCCGUAGACUGAAGAUGACUUCUACAAGCUCCUCAAUUACAUGUUUAUCAAUGCAAUGUAAGUCCCUUGGGGUAAAAGUGUCUACUAAAUGGUAAACAGUACGGUGGAGUGUACACUCUGGAUUUAAGUUGAAAUUCACCUCAACCCACGCACUAUACAUAGGCCAUAUUUCAAACUGUACUGAAACAACCGCAGCAGAAUAAGCUCAAGCUUACGAUCACUGGGACAACAUGGAGGUACCACUUUGUUUCAGGGAACAAAGACACAAAUGGUACAUUCCAACCAUGCAGCCUCUGCACAAAGAAAACGGGGUUUGAACAGAAUACUGGAACAGUAUUGGGAUGGGAUUGGAAGAAAAGGCGCUAAAGUAACUGAUUUCUCUCAUCCUAACAGCAUUGUAAACAGUUUUCUUGAUGUGAUUGCUCUGGGUUUGACUUGUUCUUACUGUAAAUAGUUAUUCAUGUAUUUUAUAUUGAAACGUGUGCAAUAUUGUUGAAGGAAAAGUUACUGAGUUUGACUUUGUCUGUUUAUGGACAUAAAAAACUGUUGUGUAUGAAAUAUGUUUUUGUGGAUGUUUGUUGAAAUGCCUUUUUUUCCAGGUGCGGUAGUCCUAAUUUGCCUAAACAUUUUGGUUCCUAAGACCGGCCCAGACAACAUUCUAUUUAAAUAGAAUUCCUGAUCAGAUUUGUCUAUUUUAGAAAUCCUCAACCUCAGGGUUUUACAAAGAUAAACAGAAAAAACGUAGAAAAAAACCUAAUUGUUCAAGGGGUCAGGGGUUUUGUUGUCUGAUUUCCUAGACCAAUGCAGUAGUAGUACUUUUAAAUGUUAAAAAAAAAACGGGUGCGCUAGUUUUGCCAACCGGGAUGGGCCAGCACUGCGUUUGCAUGUUUUGCUAUGUUGGUCCGUCGUGCCGGUAAUACCGGCACACCCCAUUGUCGAUUACCAUGACAGCGGGAAGGAAUGUGCGUGAGUAUCUUGCUCAACAGUAGACCGUGGACUGUAUUGGGGGCUUCAGCGCGCGCUCACUUGAUGGAUCUGACGUGGGAGCAAAACGUCAUCGGUGUCUCUCUGUCGUUGGGUCUCCGUUUCUGCUCAAAUUGACGCAAUCAAUAGUGGUGAAUGACUGACAUGGCUGGUUGCUAGUACCGAGGAUGAAUACUUCACAGAGAUAACUAUGGGGGGAGGGGAUACACCCAGCUCUGUCUGUUUGAUUGGCUGUUCAGAUUGCUGUAGUUGUAUGGUUGUGUGAAACUAGUGAGUGACUAUAUGCACCGUCUCCCCCUUGGUGGCCCGACAGUGAAGGGGGGGGGGGGGGUUUACCGUUUUGCAGAUGUGGAACAUUUCCGAGUUUAGAAAGUAAAAGACCUCAUAGGUUCCCUGUGCUACAACAAUUGAUGGAGCUUUUGUGAUUCUGUGUGUUUAUGAUUAAUUCAAUAAUAAGUGGCUGUAGCAUUGGGGUCGACACCCCAAAGACACAGGAGAACUUUUACUUUAAAAGCAGGAUGUUGCUAUUCUGGAGGGCUGUAAGAUCACUAGCUUCAUAAUCAUCUGGUAUUGUGCUUUAAGAGUAUGUGGUUGCUCUAUCAACAAAACAAUUUCAUAUUUUCUACAAUAUCAGGCCUCAAAAUUAUGUUGUUGAGCCAUCUGACGUUUGGGUUGUGUUUUUGAACCUGUGUACUAUUAUUAUUAUUAUUAUUAUUAUUGUUAUUAUUGUUACUAUUGUUAUUAUGAUUAUUACUGAAAUGCUGCUCUCUGCUUCUUGCAACUGGAAGUAAAAUGUAUU